GAGGAUGCCUCUCUCUGCCCCAACCUUUUUCUUUCAGUACACCAGGCCCCUUCUAGGAAGAAGUAAACAGAAAGAACUGAGACCAGGCAGAACAUGUUGAAUAAAUACUGAAAUCCUGAUUCUUCACGUGGCAUGGAGGGCCAUAAGAUUGGAGUUAUCUGUUCUCUGGUAUGGGAUCGAAUUUUCAGGGAGUCUCAUUUCUUUCCUUGUUCACUCUCCCUUUGCAGGAUAGGUGGAGGGAGGAGUGGAGAGGGAGUGACCAGACCUGAAAGGGGAGGCAGAGAGAAUUCUUGUGUUGACCUCUUCACUUUAAAAAUCCAGGCCCGCCUAGACUUCCCAGAGGCUCUUGAGGUGGCUUCAGACUCCACCCUCUGUCUUCCGGUUCUAGUCUCCGGCUGCAGCGUUUAAAUCUCGCGCGCUUCACUUGGAUAGGCUACUUCUUAGAGUGGUUGGCUGUCUGCGAGCCGCCACUCCUCCUCGCCUUCUUCCGCGGGCAAAAGGUUUUCAAAUUCGACCAAUCGGCGAGCGCGCUCCAUCAGCCGUGGCGCGUCACCGACGGGUUAACCGCAACCAACCGGAGGCGGGUAUUAGAGAAAAGAGCCAAUCAGGAGGGCGCGGAGGUGUGCCCUGGGGGCUUAUAAGGGCGGCCUCUGGGCGCGCGCGGCGGCAGUUGGACUGCGGCGCAGCUGUACCCUGUUCUUCUACCUCGCGCAUCAUGUCGGGCCGCGGCAAGACUGGCGGUAAGGCCCGUGCGAAGGCCAAGUCGCGCUCAUCGCGCGCCGGCCUCCAGUUCCCCGUGGGCCGCGUGCACCGGCUCUUGCGGAAGGGUCACUACGCCGAGCGGGUCGGCGCCGGCGCUCCGGUGUAUCUGGCGGCGGUGCUCGAGUAUCUCACCGCGGAGAUUCUGGAGUUAGCCGGCAAUGCGGCCCGCGACAACAAGAAGACGCGGAUCAUUCCCCGCCACCUGCAGCUAGCCAUCCGCAACGACGAAGAGCUCAACAAGCUUCUCGGCGGCGUGACUAUCGCCCAGGGAGGCGUUCUGCCCAAUAUCCAGGCCGUGCUGUUGCCCAAGAAGACCAGCGCCACCGUGGGGCCGAAGGCGCCCGCGGGCGGCAAGAAGGCCACCCAGGCCUCCCAGGAGUACUGAGGAGCGCCCGCACCGCCCCCGGCCGCCUGGCCCUCCCCAUGCCGCCACAAAGGCCCUUUUAAGGGCCACCACAGCCCUCACGGAAAGAGCUGGGCCAUGUCGGGUUCCGGGACGGGUGGCCGCGGCGCUCGGCCUCUCCCUCAUCCCCGCCGCCGCCCGCCCCUCCCCCGCGCGGCUCGCGGCCCCCGGCUUCCCGUCCUCCAGAGAGGGGCGGCCCUUAGGACGCCGCUCGGGCCCGGCACGGCUCGUGUGAUGCGGAGGACCGAGGGACGCGGCCGGGAGGGGACUCGGGGCGCAGCACCUGCCGCCUCGGCGCUCGUGACUCAGCCGGCCUGUCUUGAGAAUCGCUGAUGGGCUGCGGUGAGCCGCGGCACCUUCUGGAAGACUUAGCUGGCAGCUCUGACGUAGGGCUGAGGUGUGUGGCCGGGGUCGGCGGCCCAAAGGGUGAGUCGGUGCAGACGGCCACCAGCAGACCCCUGCAGCCCGGUCGUCUGACUUCUCUAGCUUGGUGCUUAGGCCAGGACUUUUCAGACAGGACUGGAUUUCUGGGCUUCGGUGGGGAGAAAUUUCAUCACUAAAUUUUUUCUGGUGCCCCCUUUGCUGCCAAACCCUGGGAUUUUUACAUCAGCGCUUCCUCCAUCCUCAUCUGUAGGCCUGUGCGGUGCGGCCAGGACAGAACACUGUUAACAGGAACAUCGUUUCCUCCGGAGAGGACUGCCUCCCAGGGAGAAGCCGGGGAGGGGCGAGGGCUCCAGUCUGGGUUCCCAGCCGGCUGUGUGGACAGCGGGAGUUGUGUGCGCGCCUGAAGCUGACUGGCAGCAAGGCCUUAGGGCCUACCCGCUCCGCCCCAUUUCCCUUCCAGCAGCUCCACUCGGCAAGCCAAGCACCUAGAUACCAGCACAAGUCUUAAUCCUGUCUGGACUGAGCCUCCAUUGGCUUUUGAACUGGAAUUUUGCAGCUAACCCAUCCAAGACUAGUACCUUAGACAUUGGGGAGUUUCAGAUAGACUAAUUUUGUUUAUUAAAGGAUUGUUUUUUAAAAA